UUCGCGACGCACGUGUCCCAGACGCGUUCCUUGCUCGCUCGUGACGUCACGGCCGCCUGCAAUCCAACAUGGCGAACAUCCGGUGUGUGAAGGGCAUGGUGGGCCUGGUGACGGGCGGGGCGUCGGGCCUGGGCCGGGCCACGGUGGAGCGCCUGGUGCGGAGCGGAGCGUCCGCCGUCAUCGUGGACCUGCCGUCAUCCGAAGGGCCGACGCUGGCGGCCGCUCUGGGAGACCGAUGCGCCUUCGCUCCGGCGGAUGUGACGUCGGAGGCGGACGUGCGGUCCGCCGUGAACUUGGCGCGAGACAAGUUUGGUAAAUUGGACCUGGCCGUCAACUGCGCGGGCAUCGCGGUCGCCGUCAAAACGUACAACUUCAAGAAGGAGCUCCCCCACAGCUUGGACGACUUCCAGCGCGUCAUCAAUGUGAACAUCGCAGGAACCUUCAAUGUGAUUCGUCUGGCGGUGGGAGCCAUGGCCAAAAACGAGCCGGACGCAGACGGCCAGCGGGGCUGCAUCGUCAACACCGCCAGCGUGGCCGCCUUUGACGGGCAGGUUGGCCAGGCGGCGUACUCGGCGUCCAAAGGGGGCAUCGUUGGAAUGACCCUUCCCAUCGCGAGGGAUCUGGCCCCGAUGGGCAUCAGGGUGGUCACCAUUGCGCCGGGUCUGUUCUCCACCCCGCUGCUGGCCGGGCUGCCGGAGAAGGUGCGCUCUUUCCUGGCUCGCCAAGUGCCCUUCCCCUCGCGCCUCGGCGACCCGGCCGAGUUCGCCCACCUGGUGACGGCGCUGGCCGAGAACCCCAUGAUCAACGGCGAGGUCAUUCGGCUGGACGGCGCCAUUCGCAUGCAGCCCUGAGUCCGCGACGGUGCCUCUUCGCGGUGAGAAGCCCGACUUUGCCGCGGGACCGUCCGUGUGCAAAGUUUUCAGCGCGCGGCAGUACUGUCGACUUGUUUGAUCAACCGCUUGGAAAAUAAAGCUCCCAACGGGA